GUUCAAGAUCAUGCUCCAACGCCGUAUACAUCAACUUUGUAUCUCACUUCCAUUCAGUCUGUCCCAGGCCAGCAACCUUCUACGACUGUCCAGACCGUUGUACUGACUUCUGGUGUGCUGAGUACUUCUCCACCCCAAAACAGGGCGAAUUCUGUUGUCCACCCAGGUACGAUAGUAGGAAUCGUCCUUGGAACCCUCGGUGCCUUUUUCUUCCUCGUGCUUCUAGCCUUCUGUGCUCGUAGGCGCAUGCGUGCUCAGCACAAUUUAGUCCAGGGGCUUGAUUGGGAUCCUACACGCGCAAACUGGACUUCUGAUGACUGGCGCAGGCACGGUAGAGGCGUCCUCGAAGGUGAGGAAGACUCUGAGAUAGGCGGACGUACAUCUCGCGCAAUGGAAGAGCGGUUUGCGGGCAUCUUGGCUGCCAUGCGCGUGGAUGCUGAUGAAGUGCUCAGCAAUGACGAGCCAGGGGUACGCGAUGUGUCUCCAACGCGUAUUCCACUCCCUGCAUCACCCACACUUCCCGUAUCUCCUUCAAUGCAUGGGCACACACAUGCUCAGUUACCAAUUUCACCCUUGUAUGCAUCGUCGGACUUGCCUCGGGAUGGAUUACCGUUUCCCGUUUUGCAAGCUCCAAUUCCACCCCAUGCAUACACCGUGGAAGGGGCACCGUAUGCCUAUACUACGGAUGAAGGGCAUUAUCUACCUAAUGAGCCAUCCUAUCAGUCGUUAAUGCGCCCUCCCAAUGCAGUUCUCGCUCGCAAUAUUUCUACAGGGCGCCGUACUUCUCCUGGACCAGAUGCUGGGGCUUGGCUUGGCGGGCGAGACCACUCCGAGUUCGGCGUUGGAGGGUAUCAAGGAAGGGAAGACUCCCUAUUCCGCCCUCUCUCGAACCCUCAAUCUCAGUCCUUGUCGCAUUCACAAUAUUCACAUUCACACUCUCUAGGACGGUCUGGUUCACAAUCACUGUCGCACUCACGAUCGCAGAGUACAGGAUUUGGUGGACCUACGCGUUCAGGUAGUGAAGAGCCACUUUUGUCCCACGGAGGUGUAAUAGGGAGCUCAAGUGGUACUGGUUUUGGUGGUGGCAAUGUUAAUGUGCAAGCUGGAGCUGGAUCUAGGUCAAAUGCUUCUUCCUCAUCUCAUGGUCAUAUUCUUGUUGCAGGCCAAGAGAAGCGUGGGUCUAGAGGGUCAGUCCCACCCACAAGUUUUACCUUCCGCUCAAAAGAAGUCUCGAAGAAGUCUCAGAGCUCGCCUACAGAAACUCACGAUGACCGUCCUGGGGGUAUGAGAGCAUUCUUUGGACGACUGCGGGGAGGGAAAGGGAGUAAUAGCGCAACUGCGAGCCUAGCAGAGAGUGGGAGUGAUAUGGAAAAUGGAACUAACGAGAAACGGGCUUCUAUCUCGUCCUUUGCGUCAAUGAACAACCAUAGUGUCAAACAAGGCAUCUCACCAACUAUGCCGCCUCUCCCUCCUCUUACUUCGUUGCCUCCACUACCUCCACCUCCAGAGCCGGUUUUUUCAUUUGUCCUGUCAAAUCCUGACUCACGUCCUAGCUCGGCUUUCACCAACACGUCCGAUCCCUGCGACGUACGCGAGAACUUGGAUCCGCAGGAUACUGAAUUUCGCAAUUCAGAAGUUUAUGAUGCCGCGCCGUUGCCUAUGCCUGCAUGGCCAUGGAUGCCUUCGACAGUCCCUUUACCAUCACCGCCUCCAGAAGAUUCUCUUAGAUUUAGAGGGCUACUUGAUCCGGAACUUGCUGGAAGACGAGGAAUAGGGAGAGGUCUGGGUGGUGAAGAUGGGGGCAGGAGUGUAGCGAGUUUGCGUGACUUUGAAGAUUAUUCCAGGCCUAUAGGAGGGAUGGUGAAUAACAGAAUGUAUAGCACUACCACAUUUGACACGCAAGAUACUCAAGAAACUCAAGAUGCAAAGGCGGAUGGUGACGUGCCUGAAAAGGAUGAACGCAAUGGGGUCCAUUCAUAGGCCUUCUUGACCCCGAGUUACUAGUACAUAAUGUGUCUCAUCAUGCAUAACGACACCACUACACUCUUCCUAAUUUGUUGUCGCUUGCGCCUGUGCCUUUCAAAAAUUCGCUGUCGAAUUCUCAAAGGGACCGAACUCCACUAUUUCUAUUUCAAUUAUAGUGAUCACCUGUUCGUUCACGCACAAAAUUAUUUUCCUCAAGCUUGUUUCCUACCGUCAUGACCGUCAUGACUGUUUAUAAUACGUCAAGUAAAUCAAUGUACGAUACGCAACGCUAUGAUAGAUUAUGACUUCGAACAUUUUAUUGUUG